CAGUGUGUAGUUGUGUAUCAGUGUGUAGUUGUGUUUGUUGUCAUGAGGAUGCUCAUCAUGUGAUCAGCUGAUUCUCUCAGUUUAGACUCAAACAUUUCAUCAGUUUCAGCUGCCUGAGCACAGAAACACGCAUCAUGGAGCGAAAACUGGAUUUAUCUCGUCUGACGGAUGAAGAGGCCAAACAUGUCUGGGAUGUGAUUCAACGAGACUUUAACCUCCGAAAGAAAGAAGAGGAAAGACUCGGUGAAUUGAAGACUAAAAUCGAGAAGGAGGGUUCGAAGCGAGAGCUGCUGGGUGCUCAGAGUCAGCUGUCCGACUCGCUCUGUAUCUGCUGCCUGCAGCCCUUUAAGUUCCUGGUCAACAGUAAACGCCAGUGUUUGGACUGCCACAUGUACACCUGCAAGUCCUGCAGCCGCUACAACAAGAAGGAGCACGGCUGGGUGUGUGACAACUGCCGCAUGACCAGGGUGGUGAAGAUUGGUACUGCUGGUUGGUACCACGACAACGUGAGAAACCGUUUCAAGCGCUUUGGGAGCGCCAAAGUGAUGAGGUCACUGUACAAGAGGCUGAAUGGAGACGGUGGUCGUGAUGACGACACUCAGAGUAUGCCAGAUGUUCGCAGCCACGUGUAUAACGGUUUGGAGGAUGACCAUGGAGACGCCGACGCUCAGCGCUUCAAAGCGAUGAGGAAGAACAAACGUCUGCUGUCAGUUCAUCCGAUGGACUUUGACUCAGAGGACUAUUUCCCCUAUUCACGACGAGCGUCUGUACAGAUUCAGGAAGAUCGAGGUUACAGGAACGAUGUAGACUACGACAUGUACAACCACCGAGUGAACCGCAGAAAGAGUCUGGACCGAUACGCCAUGAGACCUGAUGACUAUGGAGAAAGCAGGAUGGUCCGGACUCGUUCCCUGUCUAAGAUCAGCUCCUCGGUGGCUCGGCAGCAGUACGUUGACACUUCAGACGAGGACGAUUACCCGAGAUACCCCCCCAUGUAUCAACAACCUGCCUACCGGCGCCGAAACAGCAGAGCUUCCUCCCAGGAGAACCUUGGACAAGCCCCGCCCAUGAACGAGCUGAACAAACGCAUGUUUGCCAUUGAGAGUUUGCUGAGUCGCCUGGAGGAGAAGAUGACGCCUGCUGAUGAGACAUCAGCGGGUCAGAACGAAGAGGAGAAGCUGAGGAGGAAGCUGAGUGAGCUGGCAGGUAACCUGAGCGAUAAGGGCCUGUCGUCGGAUGACGAGGCCGUGAAGAAGCCUUACUCUAUGGGCAAAGGUCUGUCCAGCACCAGGGGCGGCCCGGCAGUCACACUGGACUCUCUGAAGGACAAAGAACUGAGUUCGUCCAGCGACGAGAUGCCCACUGAGGCUCAGAAGGUGUACAUGGCGGCCGGCCAGUCGUAUGAACUGGAGACGAAGCUGCGACGACUUGAGCAGAGUGCCAAGAACCACUUCGGAGGGACGACGGACUCUGAGCUGUCGGAGCUGGAGGACGUGGUGGCCCUGACGGCCGCCAGAGUCCAGAGCGCCGAGAGCGAGGUGUCUGACAUCGAGAGUAAAAUCGCUGCUCUGAACGCUGCAGGACCGAAGAAGAAGGUGUCUGGAUCCAUUCAGAAGAAGAAAUCAGCACAAGACUUCCCCAAAAACUCAAAUGGAGCUCAGUGGAGAUCCAACAACAUGUACUGACGGGUCGUCGCACCGAAAAACGUCUUCAUGGCCUCGCGACAACGUUUUUAUUGUUGAGGCUCAGAGGAAAUAAGAUGAUUUGUUUCUCAUCCUUAGUAAUAAUAAUAAUAAAUACGUGAACUAUUUUAGAUGAAAUGUCCAGCAGGAGAAAACUGCUGCCAAAUUCUGACACUAAAGUACCAAAGAACCUUUGAAAAGCUCCAGAGAAACUGAAGAAAUUUAAUCUGCAUUAAGUCACAGGGCACAAAAUGACACACAGCCAAAAGAAAACAAAUAACAAGAAGCAAAAGUGUUGGGUUGAAGUAAACCAAAGAUUAAACAUGAAUAAAAGAUAUUAAAAUCACAAAGACGUUCAUCAUGUCUUUACGCUAAAAUAUUUUCAUUAAAAGUUUAUUAAAAUAAAAUAUUAAAAUAAAAAUUGACCUGAAAUACUGAAAAUAAAUGUAUAUUAUCAGUUCAUAAUAUUCAACAUUAUGAAAAAUGUAAUGAUUAGAUACUAAAUGCAUUUCAUCAAUAACUAUUGAUCGGCUGUUUUCAUAAAUGAUUGAUUUGUUUCAUGUCGGAUCAAUAAACACCCAGAAUCAAAAAGCAUUUUGAUUGUACUGACUGACUGACUGCUCAUUGGAAACUGGAUAUUAUUGAUUAGUGUUUCUAACAUUUGAUGUUUUAAAAUUAAAAAUGUUUAGUUUGUUUGAUUUAUUGAUCACAGAUGAAAGGAAAUACUGUAUUGAUCAUCAGUGAUAAAAGUUGGAUGUUCUGGACCAAUAAACUGUAAGAUAAACUUUGAGAUGGUGGCCUAUUGAUUCUGCUAAAAUAAAAUACAAACUUGGAUUCUCGUUUUAUCUUGAAGCAAGAACUGGAAGCAGCAUGAAUUAUAACUUGCAUUUGUUUAUAAAUGAACAAAUGUGGGAAGUGUGUGGGAGCAAACUGUUAUUUCGUAAGUCCCACAGGAAGUAGAUUCAUUAAAGCACUUGUGUACGUAUUGCAGAAGUGAACCAGCGAGCCUCCAGGAGAGGAUGAAGGUUCAUCUAGAACUUUAUUUCAUUUCAUGAUAAUUAAGAAAAAGUUGAUUCUACAAUUUAAAUGUUUUGAUUUAAUAACAACAACAAAAAUGUUGAUAUUUGUUUCUGACUCAUUUCACUAACAGGUGCCACUAUGAGUACUAAUACAACAGUAAUACUAUUCACUUCAGUUUAUUUACAACAAUAGUUACCUCAUGACUCUUUCCAAUCAGAGCAGGUCGAGACCAAAGAGAAGCCAGCGCUCCCCCAUGAGCGGCCAAAGAGACAGAGACAGACAGAGAGAGAC